GAGUUUUAAUACUUUCAACACUACUAUAUAAUAAACAGUUCAAAUAAUUUGAGCUUAACAGAAAUGAACACUGCCGCCCUGCUGAGGUUAAUACACCCAACAUCACGCAGUAUACCCAGUGUUACAAUAGUGCGUUACUAUGGUAACUUCUGUCGACGUUGCUAUGGUAACCUCAAAGUUGGCGUUAGAUAUAUUCAGUACAAAGCUAAUCAACCUCAGUUCGUCACACAAUCCCAGCUCAAAGCCAGCAAGUACGGUAUAGUAGUGUACGAGAGUAAGCUGUUAGCAGACCACAACGCCCCACGUGCAAUAAGAGCCUUUAUAAUGUACAUGACAGUGUCACUGCCUAUCGUGUGUUUUAUUGCGUACUGUGAUCUGGUGUUGCGGAAUGAGAAGAGCUUUGACAUUACGGAAUGGUUUAAAAGAUCGGGUAUAUUGAUACUUAUUCUUAUAGGAGGUCUCAUCUACGCUAAAUACCAAUCCAAAAGGUCGAUAAAAAGAUUGUAUUUUAAUCGGAAGGAGAAGAAGAUUUAUAUUGAAUCGUUUACCGGUCUGUGUAAAGAGAAAACGUACGGACCAUACGACCCAUCAAUAGGAGUUAGGCGAAUAACAACUGCCCAGAAUAAGCAUGGGUUUCAUACUCAAGAACAUUUGAUAUUUCAAGGGCGACCCUUAACUGCAAGGAGUAUGAACCGUAACGAUAUUGUGAAUGAAACUGUCAAAGGAAUGUCGGACUUGAAAUCUCCUCAUGCUAUUAUUACUCAAGUGGAAGGGCACGAUAUGGGUAACAGAGAGUUCAGAAUAGAAGUAGAUGGUACUAAUAUGAAGGAAAAGAAACUGUACUCCCAACUCUUCAGAAUACACCAGCAUACUGAGCCUGAGGAGGACAAGAAAAAAGCAAGACAUUUUGAUUGACUCCUUACCCUAGCUUCUUGAAGGCAUUUUAAAACAUUUGUCUCUGCAGUAUUAGCUUGAUCAGUUCCUUUUUAUUGUUGAACUGAGCCUUUUUAUAUAUUGAUAACAGGAAUUGUGAUUUUGAUUUAAGUUAUUGAAUUUUUUACUACAGCUUUAACGUAAUUUAU